CCACUUUAAGCCGAUUGACGAGGACUGGGACGUUACCUUCUGAACGUCGUUACCACCGAAUGGUGUCUCCUGCCCCGCCGCUAAGGUUGCAGGCUAAAAGAUACGGCCCAUAAUGCAUGGCACUUUCUUGACAGCCACACCCUCUCCCUGCUUGUAGAGGAAGCGGCGGUGCCAGCAUGUCCUCGCAUCCCCAGUCUGUGCCACCAGGCCGGAGAACUGUGGACUCACGGCACCUGCACAACCCUGCCACGCUAUCCCUGCAGCUGCAGCGGCCACACACGGAAGUGGGACUGGUUGACUACCACUCCCAUCAUGCCAGAGACUACAGCUCUCACCUUUCUCAGCCACAUCGCCGUCGGCCUUCCUUACUUUCAGAGUUCCAGCCUGGGAAUGAAAGAGGACAAGAGCAGCACAUUCGUUACGAGCACAUCUACCUGCCAGAGGCCCCCAGCCAUUCAGAGGUGGACUAUGCAGAGAUCAAACGUCCUCGUUUGGAGAUGGGAUCGGACUCUCUGAUGAGGACUUUGUCCCAUCGGCAACCGUUACCUCUCGGAGGGGCUGAGGACAUGACGAAGGAGCGUGGAAGUGCCAUUGGGAAGCUGGAGCCCAUCUCGCCGGUGAGCCCAGUCCACAUGGACACCGACUUGGAUCUGGUACCGGCUCGAUUCUCCAAGGAGGAGUUGAUUCAGAACAUGGAACGUGUGGACAGGGAGAUCACCAUGGUGGAGCAGCAGAUCUGCAAGCUUCGCAAAAAGCAGCAACAGCUGGAGGAGGAAGCCGCUAAGCCCCACGAACCCGAGAGGCCCAUCUCGCCACCACCCAGUGAGGCCAAGCACCGCAGCCUGGUGCAGAUCAUCUACGAUGAGAACCGAAAAAAGGCAGAAGAGGCUCAUAGGAUACUGGAGGGGCUGGGACCCAGAGUGGAACUGCCUUUGUACAAUCAGCCAUCUGAUACCAAACAAUACCAUGAAAACAUCAAGAUAAACCACGCCAUGAGGAAGAAGCUCAUUUUGUAUUUCAAAAGGAGAAAUCACGCUCGUAAGCAGUGGGAGCAGAAGUUCUGCCAGCGGUAUGACCAGCUGAUGGAGGCCUGGGAGAAGAAAGUGGAGCGCAUUGAAAAUAACCCGCGGCGCAGGGCCAAGGAGAGCAAGGUGCGGGAGUACUACGAAAAGCAGUUCCCAGAGAUCCGCAAGCAGAGAGAGAUGCAGGAACGAAUGCAGAGCCGCGUUGGGCAGCGAGGAGGUGGCCUCGCCUCAUCCGCAGCCCGCAGUGAACAUGAAGUCUCCGAAAUCAUUGAUGGAAUAUCAGAGCAUGAGAACACGGAGAAGCAAAUGCGGCAGCUGGCCGUCAUCCCCCCUAUGCUGUUCGACGCCGAGCAGCAACGCAUCAAGUUCAUCAACAUGAACGGGUUGAUGGACGACCCCAUGAAGGUUUACAAGGACCGGCAGGUCAUGAACAUGUGGAGCGAGCAGGAGAGGGACACUUUCCGAGAGAAGUUCAUCCAGCAUCCUAAAAACUUUGGCCUGAUCGCUUCUUUUCUUGAGAGAAAGACGGUGGCAGAGUGUGUGCUCUUUUACUACCUGACCAAAAAGAAUGAAAACUACAAGAAUAUAGUGCGGAGGAACCGACGCCGAGGGAGAUCUCUGCACGGUCAGCAGCAGCAGCAGCAACAACAGCAGCAGCAGCAGCAACAACAGCAACAACAGCAACAGCAGCAGCAGCAACAGCAGCAACAAGUGAACCGGAACAGCCAGGACGACAAGGAGAAGGAGGAAAAAGAGAAGGAGGGGGAGAGAGACGAAGAGAAAAAUGAAGCUGAAGACAAGGAGGAUGGAAUGAAGGAUGACACUUCUGGAGAAGAUGCCGAAGACAAGGAGCCCACUGUGGCUUUCAAGGGAAGACGAACAGCGAACAGUCAGGGCCGCCGCAAAGGCCGCGAUACCCGCUCCAUGAACAGCGAAGGAGAGGAGACCAUCACUCCGCCGCUCAGCAACGAGCUCGCCAAUCUGGAAAUGAAUGAGAGCUCUCGCUGGACUGAAGAAGAGAUGGAAACAGCCAAAAAAGGCCUUCUCCAGUAUGGUAGGAAUUGGUCCGCCAUUUCCAAGAUGGUGGGAUCGAAAACCGUGUCGCAGUGCAAAAACUUCUACUUCAAUUACAAGAAGAGGCAGAAACUGGAUGAGAUUCUGCAGCAGCAUAAAAUGAAAUCGGAGAAGGAGCGAAAGGCCCGUCGGAGGGGGAAAGCCUCGCAGAACGAAGAGGCGAGUGCUACGUAUGCUGCAGAGGAGGAGGAGAUCGAGGGUUCAGGAGCCAGCUGCAACGAAGAGGAACCACCUGAAGAUGGAGAAGGUGGAGCAAACAACAGCUCGGACACAGAGAGCCUGCCCUCGCCGCACUCCUCGGAGGACAGCAAGGCUAAAGAGGAAGGGACCAGCAGGCUGAAGGGCAACUCCAACACCGAGGACAGGAAGGAUGACCAGGCAGGCGUGGGCCAGGCAGGCGACGAGAAGCCUCCUGUCAAGGAGGAGGCAGAGUCAACCAUCAAGCAGGAGAUAAAGACCGAAACAGGGGAUCCCAACAAGGAACAGCCACAGCCCGUACCACCCAACGAUGCCACGGAUAAAAAACCUCCAAGAAUCGAGAAGGAGGAAGUCAAAGCCUCCAAGAGCUCCAAGAAGGAGCACCUGACCAAAGCAGGUCUGCAUGGGGACAGUGACUCUAGUGCCACUUGUAGCGCUGAUGAGGUGGAGGAGACGGAUAAUACAGAUAAAAAAAGGAUGACGUCUCCACGCCCCAGCCUGCUGAACUUCUCCCACGACGGGGUCAUAUCGUCUCUGCAGAAGCCCAUGGACCUGAAGCAGCUCAAACAGAGGGCUGCAGCUAUACCACCUAUUAUGCCAGAGGCCUCUGUGCAGGGCACUCCACGGAGUGGGAAAGCAGUGCAGCCCCCCCACGCCUUGGCUCUGUACCAGGAGCAGAUCACCAUGGCUCAUGGAGAGUCCUCUCAGGAAGUCAAACAGCAGCAGCCUUCUGGCCAAGCAGGCAAACCGCAGCCUUACGCCUCUCAGGCAGACAGAGAGCGAGAGGGUCUUCUCACCAGCAGCCCCCGAGUUCGCCCUCGGAGUCCCUCAACCAGCGAAAAAGACGAAAAGUCCAGAGCCUUCUCUCCACACGGUGACGCCAAGAAGCAGGCGAUGGGUCCGGACGACCUCAGAACCUCAAACCUGGGUCGCCAGGUUCUCUUGCCGUAUCCCAUGGCCCCGCGGGACAUGGCCAAGAUCAGUCACGACCAACACCUGCUCCACUUCAACUCGUUCCCACAGGUAGGCCUCCCAUCGCUCGCUGGUCUGCCACAGGAUAGCGUGCGGUUAGCGGCAGUGAGACCCCUCUCCAUGCCCGACCCGCCACCGCUCAUUUCCUCCAACAAGCCUGGAGGCUCCAUCACGCAGGGUACGCCGGUGCAGUUGCAUGGAGCGGCCCACGGGCUGGAUCACUCAAAAAUGCCUCCCGCACCAAUGGGAUUGUCUUGGAUGGAGAAGAAAGUUGCAGGUCCUUUCCCAGUGGUGAAGCAGGAGCAGUUGUCUCCUCACAGCUCCUCCCAGCCUGAUAACUUAUCAAACCCAGGGCCGCCUCAUGAUAACUCCUCUGCUCGUGGUGUCCAAGGAGGCAGCAUCACUAAAGGUCUUCCUGGGACCAGGAUACACCCGGAGUCUGCGGUUUCUUACCGAGGGGGCUCCAUCACACAGGGGACACCAGCAGAUGUGCUGUAUAGAGAAACCAUAUCACGUCUGAUCUCGGAGGACAGUUCCAGCCGAGCUGACAGGGAGCGGGACGAGGCGCCAUCUAAAGGACAGAUCCUGUACGAGGGCGUCAGCGGGCAGAUCCUCUCAUAUGACCGGCAGCAGUCUCAAACUCCCAAAGAAGACGGUCGAGGAUCAGGUCUGUCUGGAGAAAUCCUGGGUCUGAAGCGACCUUAUGAUGUCAUGGAAGGAGGCAGAGGGCUGCCAAUGAGAGACGCUCUGUCUGCUACCAAUUGUGAGGGUCUCAUCGGCCGUGCCAUGCCUUACGACAGAGAAAGCCCUCACCACCCGUCUUACAAGGAUACUCAUAUCCGAGGCUCCAUCUCUCAAGGUAUACCCCGCCAUCUCGACCCUCAAGAUGCCUACAUGAGGAGGGAAGCCAAGCAGAUGAGGCGAGAGGCGUCCCCGCCCCGUGGCGCCGGGUCCCUUUCUGACCCAAUGAAGGGCAGAGAGGGCAUCGUGCCCACGGUGAAGGAGCCUGGACGCUCCAUCCACCUCAUUCCAAGAGACGAGGGAAGACAAUCAUCCAAGGAGGGCAUCAUAUCACAGGGCGCAGCUGGAAAGCCGGACGCUGCUGGCUCUGGGAAACGCCACGAUGUCCGCUCCAUCAUCGCCAGCUCGCCGCGCUCCUACCACGGCACAGCCUCCCACCUGGAGAUGCGUCCUGACAGAAGUCGGUAUGAGGAGGGGCCCAAGGGUCGGCCCAGUGCAGUGGUCAGCACGGCCAGUCCCAUACCGCGCUCUUCUCCGCUCACCCUGGGUUCUGAGCAGGGAGGCAAAGCCCACCACAGCCCCAUGGGAUACGAGGAAAAAGGUGCUAUUCGGACCCCGUACCCUGGGCCGUCACAUCGUGGAUCCCCACUGCCCAGGGAAGCCAGUCAAAGGCAACACGAAGGGUCCGGAAAGAAUUCUUCCCAGGAGCGUAAAGCCACACCGACUCCCAGAGAGAUGAGGGCCACCAAGUCGCCGCUCACUGGCGUUGUGGAUCAGCAGGCCUACGAACGGCUGCUGCCCGGCCUGGGAGCUUCAGACAUGUACCGCAUCCCCUUGUCCUUUGACCCUGCGGCGCUGCCUCGUGGAAUCGCCAUCGACCCAGGAGCUUAUUACUUGCCUCGUUCCCACUUGGCUCCCAACCCGGCGUACCCUCACCCGUAUCCCUACCUCAUCCGCGGCUUUCCCGAUACGACGGCCCUGGAGAACCGUCAGACCCUGAUAAAUGACUACAUCACCUCGCAGCAGAUGCACCAGUGGCCCGCGGCCGCCGCCAUGGCCGCGCAGCGCUCAGACCUGCUCAGAGGCCUCGCUCCUCGAGACCAAGCGCUUCCUCUGUCCUACUCUGCUGGUGCCCAACGCGGGAUCAUUGAUCUUUCUCAGGUGCCACACUUACCCGUCCUGGUCCCUCCGUCUGCAGGGACGGCCGGCUCCCCGAUGGAUCGCAUCACCUACAUCCCUGGGACAAACGCUGCGUUCCCUCCCAGGAAUUACACCAGCUCAUCCAUCUCUCCCGGUACGCAGCCAUAUUAUUUCGGCACCUCACACAUGAGCAAAAUGCAGAGCGCGUCGUCGUCGGAGCGGGAAAGAGAACGGGACAGGGACCGAGAGCGGGAGCGAGACAGAGAGCGAGAGCGGGAAAACCGGGAGCGGGAAAACCGGGAGCGGGAAAACCGGGAGCGGGAAAACCGGGAGCGGGAACGAGAGAGAGAUCGGGACAGGGAAAGAGACAGAGACCGGGGAGGUUCUUUAGGAAACGUGGAGCACGCCCCCAUCUGGCGACCAGGUACAGAACACAGCCUGUCCAGCAGCAGCAGCGGCAGACCUGCGUCCCAACCCUACAGCCACCAGCAUUCCCCGGUGUCUCCCCGAACCCAGGAGAACGUGCAGCAGAGGCCAAGCGUGCUGCACAACACCGGAGGCAAAAGUCUUUCCGUCAGCGAACACUCGUCGGUGUUACGGCCCAUGCCCUCAGCAUCCCGCCUCCACGGUUUCCAUAGCUCCUUCCAAAAAUCAGGUGUGCCACCUGACGCCUACCAAUCUGCCAUGGAUUCAAACAUAGUCAAAGAGCAGAAUCGCGAUGGAGGCAAAUCCAGGGGCGGUCUGCCCAAACACUUGCAGGAGCAGCACAGCACCUCCAGCAAAUCUGACCCCAAGCUUUGCAGUCCCAGCUCUGGAGGAAUUUACCCCGGCUCCUACCCCCCGCCCGCCGGCCGUCUGCUGCCCUCCCAGUCGGAGAACCCGUCCGGCCGCGAGGACAGCGGCGCACCGAGUAGAGAAAAGACUCAAAACAAACCGGUGUCAGUUCAGGAACAAGACAUCCGAGCGCUGGCACCACAAGGACUCUAUCGACCCCCAUCAGAGGAGAGACUGUCUCCAAGCCAACAGCCCCCGUCCCCAUGUGUCAAAGGCAGCCAGAGAGUCGUCACUUUGGCGCAGCACAUCAGCGAGGUGAUAGUUAAAGACUACAGGGACAGCCAGCAGCAGCAGCAGCAGCAGCAGCAGCAGCAGCAGCAGCAGCAGCAGCAGCAGAGCUACCACGGCUCUCCGGUUCUGGACCUGACCCGUCCAUCCAGUGCCUCACAGGCCCCGCCCACGUCACAGGAGUCCGCUCAGACCUCCCGCUACUCACAGGGUUUUAGUGGGGAAUGUAACCGAGACAGAUCUCCGCAGCAGCAGAAGUCAUCCCCCGUCAACGUUUCCAAUGACUGCAUUGAGCCGGUGUCUCCUCCCGCAUCCGGCUCUGAGCCCGAUGUCCAGGGAGGGGCUUCCUACCCCAACGAGCAGGGGGAACAAGGGCUCGGCUCCCGCUCUCCGCCCAAUACCUCCCAGCCUCCAGCUUUCUUUAGCAAGCUGACAGAGAACACGUCUGCUAUCGUGAAGUCCAAGAAGCAGGAGAUGAUCAAGAAGAGGACGGGCGACGGGAACGACGCUGAAUUCAAUGCCGGUCAGCCAGGAACGGAAAUCUUUAAUAUGCCAGCCUCCACUACUGCAGGCCCUGUGAGUGUGCGCAGCCACCCGGCUCCAGAAGCAUCUGGCAACUCCAUCGGCCUGGAGGCCAUAAUCAGAAAGGCCUUGAUGGGAAAGUACGAUGACUCAUCGGAGGAGCGCUCCCCGUCCAGCGCUGCUAACCCGACAGCUUCUGCCAUGUCUGCAGACGGUCGGGCUGAAGACUCCUUCUCACAAGGCGGCUCCAAGUCCUCAAAGGGCAGCGGACGUUCAAACGGGCGCAAGGCCAAGUCGCCGGGCCCGGGUCUGUCCGGCAGCGAGCGUCCCUCGUCCGUGUCGUCUGUCCACUCAGAGGGAGACUGCAACCGGCGGACCCCCCUCACCAACCGGGUGUGGGAGGACCGGCCUCUGUCUGCAGGCUCAACACCAACCCCAUUUCCAUACAGCCCGCUCAUCAUGCGUUUCCCCAGCGGGACAGUUUCAGCCCAUUCCCCUUCAUCUGGCCAGCAGGGCGGCGCGGGGCCCGGACCCGGCCAGGGCCGCACCUGGGAGGAGGAGCCCAAGCCUCUGCUUGUUUCUCAGUAUGAAACCCUGUCUGACAGCGAGUGACCAGAAAACGCACUGCUUCACACACACAGAAACACACUCAGAGGACGGUGCUGCGCCUCGUCCCCCCGCCCCUCCACCACCGCUGUUCACCGUGAAGCAGUCCUCCUCCCUGGACGAUGAGGACGAAUCUUUGUGGCUCUUGUGUGUCCGUUCGCACUUACGUGUUAUGCAUUCACUCCAGUACUACUCUGAAGGACAAAUCACUUCUUCUCUUUUUUUUUUUUUACUACUAUUCCUCACUGGCCUUAUCAACACAGACGCAUCGAGCCGUGCGCUCGGCGUGUGCCGCCGUUCCGUGCUCACGCCUCCGCAGACGGCUGUAACGACGCCAUGUUGGACCCGACUCCCGCAGCGGGAGACGCUCUUGUUUUGUUCUCGGCGAGCUCCGUGUGCCGGCGGUCCGCUACCACUACAAGAACACAAGCAAAAAGGACACAGGAGGAGAAUCAGCAUCUUGGUUUCUUUUUUCUUUUCUUUUUUUUUUAUGUUUUUCCUUGGUUUUGGUUCUUUUUGUUUCUCUCUCUGGAACUGUCAGUCCAGUCCUGUGUUUCGUGAGCUGCGACUUUUUUAGUACAUUUUUGGUGGUGAACGUUUUUUGAUGGUGUCAUUUGUCGUCUGUUAUCUGCAAAGAUAUAUUGGGGGGGUGGGAUCAUAUCAGAGGUUUACAGGGUAAACUAAUCAGUUCAUUGCUGAUGUCAUGACUCUGUGCGUUUGGGGAACUAGGAGGAUCUGCCAGAUGGUUGGCACUGAGGCAAGUGACACUUUCUUGCUGUUUUUUUUUUUUAUUUUUUUAUAUUAACUAUGUUUGUGUUUGUCGGAACAGUUCUUUGCAUAUAAAGCACUUAGUUGUCGAAGUGAUCACGAUGGCAUUUUUUGUUUUUUCUUUUUUAACGAGGCGGCGCAGAAAUUCCACUGCGGAGGCGUCGUGCUGCUUCUUGUUGUUCCACUCGCAGUAAGAAACAAAUAAAAAAGAAAAAAGCAAAUCACGUCAGAGUGGAGAACAAGAUAAAGCUCUGAAUUUGGAGUUCCCUUGCAUUAAAGAGGUGAUUUGAAAAAAGAAAAGAAAAACAAAGCCAUCUUUCUGUGACUUCCCACCCCCACGCCGGCCUCCGCCGGCCCGCUGGAGUCCCGACUCGGAGCUUUUACUGCCUCGUGGGGGUGCGUGGAUACAUCUCCACAUCCGGGCAGAUUUUGUACAGUUAAGAAAUAUUCUUAGUGUUAAGUGCCAUUUAUUUUACAAAUUCUAGUGCUGAAGUUCAUUAAGUGACGCACAAGUUUUCUUUUACCCCCCUCGCCGACUGCUUCGCAAGGGUUCAAACGGAUUUAAAUCAAACGUCCCGCUAUCCUUUUCAAUGUGUUUGCUUUUUUUUUUUCUCCCCUCCAUCUCCUCUACUCCCCACUGCCUUAGCUUUAAUGGUUUCACUCAGUCAUCCUGCACAGCUUACAUGGACCUCCAUCCGAAGUUUUUCUUCACUUUUCAACCUGUAAACUACUUUAAGUGUACUUCAUUGCACCUCCCUUCUCUGUACGCGUCAGAGGUAGCGGAGGGGAAGACGGUUCUUUGAAAUUAGUCUCACCUUUUAAAGGCAGUAUUUCUGUGCGAGACGUUCAAUAAGAUUCUCUGGCGUCUUUUUAUUUUUUUUUUCCUUUUGUUUGUUUCUUUGUUUUUUAACUCAUCUCAGCGCAGACCCGACUGUUAUAGGACCGCCUCCUCUUCCUCGCCCGUCCUCUAAGCCGUGCUUUAGCUCCUCCUACUGACUCCAGUAGAGGCAGAAACACGUCGUCGCUCCCUCUCUGUCUCUCUGUGUGUGUGUGUGUGUGUGUGUGUGUGUGUGUGUGUGUGUGUGUGCGUGUGUGUGUGUGUGUGUUCUCAUCGUUGCCACUGCUGAAACGUUGGAAUGUGACGCUAAAACCAGACGAAGCCAUAUCCAGCUGUUCCCUAAAGCGAUGACUAACGUGUUGUUUUUAAAAGUACACUGAAAUGACUUUUUAACAUGCAACCAUUUAUAUUGUUUAUUUGUACUUUUUUUUUUCUUUUUUUUUUUGUCAUUGCACACCUGUGUUCGCAGAAAUUAAAUGAAUCAUUGAAAACCUAAAAGGACGAAAUCUGGACUGUCCAAUCGUAGGAGAAAGGGGGCGGGGGAAUGAUUGACAACAGUACAUUGUUCAACCAUUUUGUGCAUUUUUUUUAUUAUAACCCACUGUAUAAUAUCAAGGAUUGUAUAUAGAAUUGAAGAGAUGUAAAUAUUUAUGUGGCUUGCUUCGAGGGUGGUAUUAUGAAAAGAAAUAUUCACAUGGUUAAAUUCUACAUGCCCACCAGCAAGCUUUGUGGAUAGCAGUGUAAAAAUGAAAAACACACAAAAAAAGACACUGCCUUAAUGUUUAAAUAAAAAGCUUAUUGCCA